CAAACUUCCAAGUGUGCAAACCAGGGGCUGCUCAGAUGAGCGUGACGAUGGACUCGCUACCCUCACAGGGCAUAUAUCUGGUCCAUUCGUGAUAAAGUCAACACCUACCCACAUGGACACACCUGGUCUGACUUUCCUCAAUCUCCUACCGAGAGGGAACCGGACAGAGCGGACGGUAGCGCGUCGUUGCUCCCCGUAGCCGUCUUCGGGAGUUGUCAAUACAUGUCAAACAAAGGGCGUGAAGGGCGCGUCGACUGCCGGUAUCGCGCUGCGAGCCGCCGCUUAUGUGGACUGUCUGUCAUCCGCAAAGGACUCACGUUCACGCCACUCUUGUUCUGUGCGGCCACACACGUCGUGGGGAAUCUUGCACUGUUUCUUGAAACUCGCUCUAGCCCCUGGCAUCUACAGAUUGUCUGAACAUUGGACCGACGUUGCGCUUUCACCGAAAUGCAGAAGAUCCUGGACUCAGCGGUAGACGCCAUUGGCCGCACACCUCUCGUGCGCCUCAGUCGCAUCACCUCAUCUCUAGGGCUCGAGGGGUCCAUUCUCGCCAAGCUCGAUUACUUGAACCCCGGUGGCUCAAAGAAGGACCGCGUGGCCCUCGGUAUCAUUGAGGAGGCAGAGAGACUCGGCACUCUCAAGCCCGGACAGACUGUCGUCGAGCUGACGAGUGGCAAUACAGGCACGGGUCUCGCAAUCGUCUGCUCUGUCAAGGGCUACCCAUUUGUCGCCGUCAUGUCGCGAGGAAACUCGGUUGAAAGGGCCCGCAUGAUGGCAGCCCUAGGAGCCGAGGUUGUGCUCGUGAACCAGGCGCCUGGAUCGAUGCCUGGCCAGGUAUCCGGGUCUGACCUGGAGCUCGUAGAACGCAGAGCGAAGGAGAUUGAAGCCGAGUGGGGCGCCUUUCGCGCUGAUCAGUUUACGCGGGACGGUAACUGGAUUGCGCAUCACGACGGAACGGGCGCCGAGCUGUGGGAGCAGACAGACGGGGCCAUUGACGGCUUCGUGGACUUUGUGGGCUCUGGAGGUACCUACGCGGGCGUUUCCAGGAAGCUCAAGUCACUGAACGACGCCAUCAGAUGUUUCAUCGUUGAGCCAGAGGGCGCUGCUGUCUUGGCGAAGAAGGAGGUCACAAACCCAGGGCACCCCAUCCAGGGUGGUGGCUACAUGAUGCCUGAAUUGGCGUAUCUGAAAGAUCUUGCUGUAGAUGGCCUCGUGCAGGUCACGGGCGAUGAAGCCAAGGAAGGGGCUCGCAUGCUGGCCGUAAAGGAGGGCAUCUUUGGAGGAUUCUCCAGUGGCGCAAACCUCAUGGCUGCCAUCCGUCUUCUGCAAGGCGAGAUGCGGGGGAAGACGGUGGCCAUCGUCAUAUGUGACUCGGGCCUCAAGUACAUGUCCACUGACCUGUGGACCGAUCCGCAGAUAGAUUGAACUGGCUGGACCCGUGCUGUUGUGCGGUUGCUGAAAUCAACUCUGUUACGUCGCCGUAAACCGAUGUCUGUGGCCGCACCCACAGCGCCAAGUCGCCACGUCGUUGCAUCGGACUAUGGAGGCACCCUCAUCAUGGUCUCCAGGAUCUCCAAGCGGUCGGCG